AUCACCCAGUAGCAAACAGACAGUCACUCCAUCUUCUUCUCCUCCCAUUACACACUCUCUCUCCAAUUUUUCAAAUCUCCCCCUUCUCCCUGUCUUGUUUUUCAAACAAAAGCUAUAAAAAAAUGGAGAAAAAUAGUUAUCACCAAGCAGGAUAUCCGCUACUACCUUCGGAGUUGCUCACCGACCACAACCACAACCAGAGUCUGCAAGCUUCAGACAAUCACCAGCUCCCAACUGAGUUUCCCUACGACUUUGCCUCCUUUACUUGCCCUCCACACGACAACCAGGAGGACGAUUUCUUCACCGGCUUAACUCGCCAGUUCGCCCUCUCCACUCUCCUUGACUCUAACAAACUCCAGUAUCCCGCUGUUACUGCUUCUCAGGCCGGGAAGAAGUGGAGGUUGUCUAGCUCACCACAGUCAGUACUAGGUCCGGUUUUUAGCAAUGGCAGCCCAACUGGGCCUCUCCACGGCCCCUCUUCCCCAACUGGUCCGUUCUCUUCAACUGAUUACUCCUGGGAUCUUAUCCAUGAAGCCGCAGGCCAAGUCAACACACAUAGCCAGUUAAAGAACCAACAGGCCCUCAGAACACAAAGCGCCCUUCUCCGCACCGCGAAUAGCUUCCCUCCCCAUCGCUCUUCAAGUUCCCACCAAUGUUACUUCGUUGACAACCAUCUUAAGAGCCACUGUGAUUCCAUUUGGGAAUGGACAGAAGCCUGUCAAAAGGGCGGUGAUGGGAAUGUUGGUUGUCGUAGGCCAAAUGCUAGGUCUGUGAACCCACAUGGCCUGUUUAACGUAAAUGGCGUUGGGGUUGACAGCAGUUUGUUUUUUCCCGGUCGCCGGAAAAACAGUCUCGGCAACGAGUGCGGCGCUUUUAAGAGGAAAUGUGCUGGGACCGGCGUGUUUCUUCCUCGCAGAGGUCCUGACCCGGUUCAAUCUCGGCCUAAAUUUGGGAGUUCGGCAGCUGAAGCGAUGAAUAUUAAAUACGGCGCACGCUUCGCAGAGGAUGUUUUGGCUGCAGAUGUCAUCGCAAUGCGGAGAAAUGCGGUAUUGGCGCAGCAGUGGCGUAACGAGGUUAAAAUGAUGAUGGCGGCUGCAAGCUGCAAGGGAAAAUGGGACACACUUCCCGAAUGAGUGGUCUUACUGAUGUAAUGAAUCAUGUAGAUGUAGUUGCACAAGGCAAAUAUAUAUGUAAAAUAAUUAAUGAUAAUAAUAAUUGUAGCGUGUAUGGAUGGGAUAAAUUGAAUCGGUGAAGCGUAAUAAGGGGGGAUCCGAGUGGUGGAAUGGAAUGUUUUUUUGUGGGAUUGGAGUUUUGGUGUGUUUGAGCAGGCAGGGGAAAUGAAUGAAGGGGGGGAUGGAGUGAAGUAAAAGAUAUGGUGAUGAUGAUAGGUUAGGAGGUUGCUUUAGGGGGUGGAAUAGUAAAAGAGAAUGAUGGAAUGAAAGCAAAUCAGGAGUAGUAAUGUAGUAUCUUUGGACUAGGCAUAAUCAGAUGGUCUAGAAGCCUAGUAGCAGCAGUAGGCUGUGUUUUUUUCUAGGUGAUGGCGAAGAUGUAAGCUAUAAAGCCAUAUUAUAAUACUACUAUACUCUUUCUAUCUUAGAAACAACUCUCUCUUUUUCCUGAGGUUUCUUCGUAAAAUAUGAUUUUAUUUAUUUAUAAUGUGCACUAUAGUUUCUUCAACAUUGAGCUAAAUAAAUUGUAUCCUGGAGAAGCCGUGAAACGAAUUUAUUUAA